AUGGCGACAUUAAAGGAAGUGGCCUUGCUAUACUCCCCCUUAUCAACUGACCACCGAAAUGAGAUCGAAGAAAAGACAGACGAUGAGAUCAUGGAAUACAAAGGAUGUACGAUGUCCACUGAAUCGAUUUCACGGAGUUCAAACUGCACAAGCAUUGGCCUUCAUGCAUGCGCAGUUGAUAUCAGACGUAACGUAUUAGAAGCAAACUCUAUCACAUCUUUACCUUCGAGUCUUCUCGAGACAUCAUCCGUAAAGACAUCGGCAUUAUCCGGAACGAAUCGGAAACUCUCUCUCAAUGACUCUUCGAGCAAACUCUUCGACUCGCCUAAUCGAAAAGCUUCGAUUCCGUUUGACAUUGGUCGGAAGAUUUCGCUCCAUGACAUCUCAGUCCCUCCUAAAACUUCGUAUUCUUCUCGGAAAUCUUCGUUGCCAGUCGGUGUUGACCGAAAGAUUUCUCUUGGAGACUGCAACAGUUUGAUCACCUCAUCUCGCAAAACGUCGUUGGCAUUCGAUCAAGAUCGGAAGAUUUCGUUGAACGAUAGUAUCAGCUCGGUCACUUGCCGAAUUUGUCUCGAUGGAGAAAUCCCUGGAGAACAACUUGUUAAUCCGUGUUUAUGUACAGGUAGUGCGAGUCACGUGCAUAUCACGUGUUUGAAAAAGUGGCUGAUGACCUCCGGAAGUAAUAUUUGUGAACUCUGUCAAUAUGAGUUGGAUGUUGGUUGGAAGUCAACAUCGAUGUGGAAGGCGCUCAAGGAGCUUUCAAACGUGCGUAUGACCAAUCGUAAGAUAUGUUGGGCAUUGCUAGUCUCCAUCUCAGCCCUCACACUACCCCUUUUCUGUAUCUGUAUAUUUGUUUUGGAUGAUGAGGAUUUAAGACUACAACUCAGCCAACCAGCCAGUAUAGCCGUUUCCUAUGGUGUGAUAUUAAUUUCCUGUGCUGCCUACCUCACCCUCCUUUUCAUGGUGGCAUACCUGACCUGGAAAUGGGACUUCUGCCCGAGUAUGUCACGAUGUCACUUCCCAACCGAGAUCGAAAUCCGUGUCGAAAGUCUGGAGGAGAGGUUAAAACGAGGACGAACACGAAGAGAUGGUUACUAUAGUAACGCCACGCCCAUUCUUAACCAUGACGGGAAUGGUGAAGAUGGUCGAAAUGGUGGUUUUAUGGAUCCUUACUGGAUGAACGGGGGAGGGUAUAUCUAAUAUUAAAGAUAAAUUCCAGUUUUGGUAACGAUCUAAAAAUGACUUUUUACAGAAUCUAUUAUAAUGACCACCCAAGUGUCUGUUUGUAUGAAUUAAAAAUAUGUGCCAAAGGAUUCUGGAAGAAAUUGUGUAAUUGCUGAAAAAUAAGCAAAAUAAGCGCGGAUUCGGUCACUUCCGUCGGGUCUUUAUUUUAGCAAUAACAAUACACUGUCCCACGUGUGCUUAUCUGUGUUGGUGAUCUUCAGUGUGAACAUUUUUCAGCGUAGAUUUCAAGAUUUCACAAAGUUCAGUUUAUGUAACUGUACCAGAUCUAGAUCCUCGAUGAUAUACCGACAAUUAAGCCUUGUUUUACAGACUUUCUCAUGAAAUCAGUGUUUACUGCAAAUACUGGAAUUUCUCUUUAAACUCGAUUACUAGCACUGAUGGUGUACUAUGGGGAGGGCAAUCAAAUGGAUGAUAACCCAUUUGGACGGACAAUUUACCGAUGGAGCUAUAACGAAUGUGCAAUCUCCUAUUUUUAUAGAACAACAUUUUUUAUUGGAGUAAGCAAGUGAGAUAAAAUGCAUGUACUGAAAUGGGUACUCCGGCCAGUUAUUAAUUGGUAUGUUCAUUAUAAUCAUUUCAUGUUACUUUACUUUCCUGUAUGGGAACACCUACAAGGAUUAUGUAGCUGUUUAUUGACGGGUCGCCUGUUCGUGUGUGUUUCUUAUUGCAAUACCCCAAAUUGACUAAUAAAAUUGAAUUAUUUUACACAUAGAGUGAAGAGGGUGACAAUCACCUCAUUCGCUGAAGUUUUCACUGCAUCGAAAUUAAAAAGUUAGUUAAACAUUAUUUCGAGAGUUAUUUCAAAAGCUUUUUAAAGGAAAAUCCAACCCAAAUAAAAAUUUGUUUUGAGAAAAAAAUCAAACAAUUAGAUAAAGGAAAGUUUGAACAAUAUCGGUCAAGGUUCAAGGUCAACCAAAAGGAAAGUUAUGAAUUUAAAAGUUGUAACAGUUAGUAAUCACUAUUCCAGUGGAGACUUCAAAUUGGACGCAUUGGCGACGUCAUAGUCAUCGUUUCAAAAAAUUUACUUUUACUUUUAAUUGUGUUUUUCUUUCAUGAGGACAGAAAAACAAUUUGCUGUAUUACCACCCGGGGGAAAUUUGUACUUCCAGAAAACUUCAAAUCCCUGUUAAUUAGUAGUACAUUGCCUAUUGGAAAGUCGUUCCUAUCACCUGUCAUAAAAUCACUUAUCCAGUUUGUAAUUUGAAGUUCGCAUAGUCUUAGGGAUCGCAAUUUUAAAACAACAAUAUUAUUUUCUUAUUUAGCGUUCUGUUUUCUUAUUUUUCCUCUCUUUAAUUCACAUAAAAUUGUAUGUCCAAGGUUGGUUUCCACCAGGCUUUAACUUUUACAUUCUUAAUUCAUAUAAGUUUUUGUUUUUUCUUGUUUUUAUCCCCUCCUCCUCUUUUUUUUUUUCUACCUUUCCUUUUCUUAAGGGGGGGGGGGUGUCAAUCAACACAUGUUUCUGAAUAAUUUUAUGGUAACCCUAUCUGGUAAGGACAACCUGUUCGUACUAUGACACCAACUUUCAUGAAACGGAUCCCAUUCCGAAGUUCUGUUUGAUAAUGAUAUUCGCAUGUGUCUUCCAUUAUUGUCUACAGAAAUUUUGAAUCAAUAAGUGAGUGUUACAUGUUACCCUUUUGUUAUAAGAAUUACCAUUAUUAAUUUUGAUACAUGAUGCAUAUACAAUGACGUGAUGUGUAUGAUGAUUAAUUUCAUUCAGAGGCAUACAUAUUAUUAUUGCAUGUUCGCAACUAUAAGUAUACAUGUAAAUAAAAUGACGACUAGUCUCAUAUUGAUC